UCUGCAAUCAAAAUCAAACCGACGACCAUGACAGGCUUCUAAAGUGCCAUCUCUUUCCACUCCGAUGUGUAACUGCUGCUCCACACACAGGGCAGGGAGGCCAUCAAAAACUCACUUAUUCCCACCCUGCCACUUCAAAAAGUCAUUAGUCUGCCACCAACCAAUCCAGAGCUGCCGUCCUGCACGGUGACCAAUCAGGCCCUCUGCACGCUGUGUGCUUGUCCAGUCGAGGCCCAGCAGACUAACGCCGGUCAUCAUUAUCAAGAGAGUGCCACAUCUGUGCAAGGCAGCUCGUAUUUAUGACCUGAGAGCGAGGAGCUGACUUUGAGGGCAUUUAUCUACAGGGAGUAGGACCGGGUUAAAGGUGGCGGGACGAUUGGUGUUGACUUUGGAGUUGCAGCACAAAGUAUGGAACAAAACAGGUGAAAUUUGAGGAGAAGAAAUUUUAAGACUCAAACUGACUCAAAAAAAUAACUUCAGGGCUCUUCGUCUCAUUCUAGAGGGCAUUCCCAAAGUGGAUCAGACCAAAGCUGGCCUUUCAUGUGAGAUCCCCCUGGCUUUUAAAUAUUAAAUAUUCACACUGGAUCCAUCAUUAUUGGACAAAGACGCAGGACACACGCUGGUUCCCAUGGAGCCCAACCUGUCCGGGUCUUUCCUCUUCAACAAUGGCUUGAACCAGUUCUCGACAGACAUCAAGGCACCCAUGUGCCAAUACUCUGUGCCCAACAGCUUCUACAAGCUCGGCCCGAGCAACCUGAAUGCCCAGCUGCAGGCGGGCACGCCACACGGCAUCAGCGACAUCCUGAGUCGCUCUGUAGUGGGAGCCCCAGCUAACACCGCGCUGCUCUCGGGAUAUUCCAGCAUGGGGGGUUUCAGUGGCACCGUGCCCACUCCAGGGGUGUAUUAUAACCGGGAUUACACCCCAACGACUUUGGGUGCUUUCCCCAAACCUAGUGAGUGUCCGGGCGUGAAGGGACGCACCAGCUGCUGGGUGGAGGGAGGCUACGACUGGAGAGGAGGAAGACAACAGUGCAGCAACAUAGACAGUGGGCAUCCUGGUGAGACACUGGGCAGAAAGAAACACACGCGGCCCACGUUCAGCGGGCAUCAGAUCUUCGCCCUGGAGAAAACCUUCGAGCAGACCAAAUACCUGGCGGGACCAGAGAGAGCGAGGCUGGCAUACUCAUUGGGCAUGACUGAGUCACAGGUCAAAGUGUGGUUCCAGAACCGGCGCACUAAGUGGCGUAAGAAGAGCGCGUCUGAGCCGAGCUCCACUCAGGCGUCCAGGCCCGAGAGACAGGGCGCCUCAGACACCGAGCUGGAGGACGAGGAGUACAACAAACCUCUCGACCCUGACUCUGACGACGAGAAGAUCCGCCUGCUGCUGCGCAAACACCGCAGAUCAUUCUCAGUGCUACGCCUGGGGCCACAUCAUGUCUGACACACACAUCCACACACACACACACACACAUCUACAUGUGUAUAUGACAUAAUGUUUACAUGCUGAAUACUAAAACACACUCACACACACAUACACACACACAUUUACCUUUUCACUUUCUCAAACUUGCAGCAUCUCCAGAUUAUAGUUUCAAUCCCACAUUUCUGUAUAUAAUUUCCAAAAUGCUUUUUAUUUAUUGAACUUGACACGCAAGAGAAAUUGUUCCGCACUACUCGGGUAUGCUAUCGUGAGCAACGUUGAUGUUUAAUAAAUAUAUAAUAGUGCAAUAACGUCUUGUUGUUGUUGUAAGUGUUCAUUGUGUUACAAUGAGGAAUGCAGUUUGAGAGAAAACGCUAUCUGUGUCAUCUGGCUUUCACACUCUUGACUUCUGGGUCAAGUGAAAUAAGAAAGGGAUAACACACCUGGCAUGCUAUUACAGGAAAUUAAUCAAUGACAGGUGUGAUAUGAACUGACGUGAAGCAGAAUUACUCAUUUUCCUCUAACAGCAUGCUGUGAGUGUUUGCCAAUUUGUCAAUGAUUACAAAUUAUUUGUUUAUAGAUACGUUUAAGGCAUGAACGUUUAGGAAUUAACACAUACACAGUAAUGGUUGAUAUGUAAGUUUUCUGUAAGGACAUGUUUAUUUAACUUUUAUGGAAGUCUGCGCUGUAAACUGACAAGUUGUGGGGUCUUAUUUUCUCAAAGAGAGAGAAAACCACCAAGAGGCUGGGAAUGGAAUGAUGGUUUAUAGCUGCUAUAACGUAAGUGAUAACAGGAAUGAGCUUGUUUUACGGACGCUCCACAGCAUUAAACGUAACUAUAAAUGGAGAUGAAAGUAUGAUGUGUUGUUCAUUAAUCAAUAAAAGAAAUUGUAAUCUUUGCACAUUGCUGUGGUAUAAGUGAAACCACCCCAUCUUUGAUUAUUUUCCUAUAACAGCAUGUUUAUUUCUUACAUAUAUAUUAGGUAGAAUAGAGAAUUAGAAGCUCUAACAUGGUCAAUUUAGAUAAAGAUCACAAUGAAGUCCAUGUCUGUAUUCCUCAUUUAGCUCGAGAUUGAGUUCCUAUACCGACGCUGACCUAGUUCCUGACUCAUAGGUGUUAUGGAUUCAAGGGUGUGUUCAAUACUAAGUUUUAAAACGUGUCAAAUCUAAUGCAUUGUGCAAAGUUGCUUCAUAUUACAUAGCCUUAAGUUAGUGUUAUAUGGCAUUUGCUUAACAUAUUCUUAACUAGGAGUCAUGCUUUGUAAAUGAACUGUAAACUGUUAUAUUUGAGUCUUUUUUGAAUCUUUUCAUCCCACUUUCAGAGCAAUGCUCAUAGUCGCUGAAGGGAACAAAGAAGUUUUGUUACACCGUUGUAUUGCACCAUUGUUGGAAAGGAUGUCAAUAUGACGAUAAAUAAAAAACUGUAUCUGUAACUUGUGCAGUAACACCCUCUUACUGAUAAGGCAACAUAAAGCUAUCUGUGUGCGUUUCAAUAACACCUGCUGCACUAAUGCAGCGAGUAAACACAUUAUUCACAGCCGAGCGUUAGAAAACAUGAGUGCGUAUUAACAUUUACAGGUGCCAAUUAUUAGCAACGUUGUUGUUUAUGUUGCUGUUUAUUGAGCGGGUUUAGUGACUAAUGUCAUUGUUUUUUUAAUCCAUGAGGUGAAUUUGUAACUCAAAUCCCAUGACAACUGAAAAUCACAGUGACAAGUACAAAAUCACAAUCACUAAGCAGCUAACUUUUGACAUAGUUUGCUGUCUUUUAUUGACACUGUUGAUGAAAGAAAUUAGGAACUGCAGUGUGAUAUGUUGUAAUAUAAGCCUCCUGACAGGUAAUAUCAGAAAUGAUUAGGCCUAAAAUAUUGGCUUAUUAUUUAACCACUUAAAAUUAGGACAGUAAGUAAAUUCAUUUUUGAAAAUUGGAAAAACAUUGGUCUUUUUCCAAUAUUCAGCUG